AUGAGUGAAACUGUAGUGCAAAUUCGGGAAAGAAUGAAAGCUGCUCAAAGCCGACAAAAGAGUUAUGCUGAUAAAAGAAGAAGAAAGCUAGAGUUUAAAGUGGGUGAUCAGGUAUUUCUAAAAUUUUCUCCAAUGAAAGGGGUAAUGCGGUUCGGAAAGAAAGAAAAGCUUAGUCCAAGAUACGUUGGUCCAUUCUCCAUUACUAAAAGAAUUGGUAAAGUGGCCUACAGACUUGAUUUGCCUACAUCAAUGUCUCAAAUACACAAUGUGUUUCAUGUGUCAGCAUUUAGGAAGUACAUAGCAGAUCCAUCACACGUUUUGAAAAGUGAACCUACAGAGCUAAAAUCGGAUCUGAGUUAUGAAUUCCAGUAG